GGUCCUCUGUUACACAGAAAGUCAUUCGCGCUUUCAGUACAUCAGUUCCAUUCCUGGCUUGUUCUGUGGCUUCGUAUUUUGAAUGGCGUCGCUAAGUGAGUAGCUCUCUUUGUAAAUUGAGCAUGGGAUACAUAUGUCGCCCGAGCUGAUAUCUUACGCUGCAGGGCCACUGCAUUAGACUCGAAACUUCAUAUAUGUGAGUCGAGUGGUGCGUGUGCAGAUUGAAGCAGCAAGUCACGUGUUGAUGACGUUAAUUCUGGCAACUGCGAUCUUUGAGAACAGGUUGGAAGUGCUCGACUGUUUUUCUCUCUCGCUCUUCAUGAUCUCUUCCCCUGCCGACUCUCCUGCACCCACAGGGCCCAUGCCAAAGACCAUGCGUUCGCUCGGCGGGAAACAGACUCUUGCGUCCCCACAACCUGUCCAAGAACCCACGGUACCGAAGGAAUUGCCAGAAGCCUCUGAAGCAGUUGGAGGAGUAAACACGGUCUGUGCUUCAGAAACCUCUCCAGGUGAUUCUACAAAGGCUGAGAAACUUCGCCUUUUGGAUCGCCUAAAGCAGCCUGCCAAGAUUCGAAAGGGUGCGAAGAAUACCCCCGAAGCAGCAGUAGGCCGCAUUGGCAAUGUCAGCGGUGACGGCGACAACGAGCCAACAACUCUCGCAGAGAGAAUUCGCUCAAUGAUUAACGCGCUACCUACAUCUACUCUAUCUAACUUUCGCACUUUCCCGAAACCCAUGCCUCCGGCUCGAGAUGCCGAUGGGUGUCCCAUUCCACCUCCGGAAGCGAUUCCCAUCAAAGACAAGAAGCUCAUCGCCAAGUUGUACAAUCCCAACGUCAUGAAUGCUGAGGGCAGUGAAUCCGGCAGCGUUUGGAGUAUCCUGGAAAGUCUUCGCGCUACAAGCCACGAUGGAGACGACAACAGCAGUACCUGGUCGGACGACAGUAUCAUGAUGUACUCGCCAUUAUUCCCUACAGAAGAGUCUCUCGUUGAAAUAGCAGCAUCACACAUCGUUCCUGCUCCACGUGAAUCUGCGCCAUUGCAGCCGAAAGCGUUGUGGCAACGAAAAUGGCCCUGGUGGAAGAAGCUCGCAUCAGCGGAUGGCAAUGCGGAUAAAGAGAAGAAUGGCGACGACAACAAGACGGCUGUGCCUCCAACACCUACACGUGUUUGGAUUCCAUCAACUACGAAAAUUUCUGUACAGGUGAUGUGGUGGGGCUACCGUCUUUAUCUUCCUCCACCCGUCCUCACCAUUCUUAGUCAAGGGCAACUUGAAACGACUAAACGUGCUGCAACGAUUACAGCAGCCUUGACCUGGCUAUUCACACACAUCCCUAUUUCCUUACUGCCUCCACCCAUCCAACCAGCUUUGCUUCUCCUGCAGAAAGUUGUACCGUACCUCGGAUAUAUUGGUUCUUUCAUUUCGUGGAGCUGGAGCACUAUCAAAGGAUAUGAUAUCGGAUAUGGUGUUAUCCUCAGUGCGACAUGGUUGCUUCCUGUAGCUCUUCUGCCAGGGACAUGGCAGGAGGCUGACUUCCCCAAAUCCAUGCCCACCACUCCUUCCACCGGAGCGCCGUCAACUUCUACUCCUUCCCCUCCAAGCACUGGUGCUCCUACUACCACAAAUGCUCCACCACCAACGACUCUUUCAGUCAACUUGCCUCCGCCCACGAUUCCCGCGCCUGCUGCUCCUGGCUUUCCGGCUGUUGGCUUGCUAGGUGCUGGUGCCAGCUUUAUCGAGGACGCCGUUUCAGUUCCUCCGGACAAGGGCAACGUCUCGGAAGGAGACGUUGCACGUGAAGCAAAGAAAGGUGCUUGGUGGAGAGUGUCUUUGCCAUUCUAGAGACUACGGAGUUAGCGACGAUUCACGAUCAAUGACAUGCGUAUUAGCCCAGGUCAUUCACGACAAUACCCAUAACAUUCAAGUACUGAUGAUAUGUAGUAGAUCAUGUACAUAUAUACGUGGUGGUUUCACCUCUUCUUGU